AUGCAACGAGACCAUGAGUCUGAAGACCCGCCCUCUACAGACCGCUGCGAGCGCUCAUUGGUUGGGAAGGUUGCCUUCACGACUCAAGAACUUAAUCUAAAGCAUCUAAAGAAAGACCAAAGAAGCUGCACCACGCAUCAGGAUGAGUGUUUCACUGCUGCAGGUGUCAUUGCAACUCACAGGAUUACUGCAAGCUCCCCAGAUACAGACUUGCCCACUGUGUCCGGACUUCGGAAAAUGGGGGUGAACCUAACUACUAGUAACAAAGAGACUGUAAGUAAAAGUGAUGUGCUGUUUCUGGCUGUGAAGCCACACAUCAUUCCCUUCGUUUUGGACGAGAUUGGACCAGACAUUGAGGAUCGUCAUCUCAUUGUGUCCUGCGCUGCAGGAGUAACAAUCAGCUCGAUUGAGAAGAAACUACUUCAAUAUCGUCCAACCCCCAAAGUUAUGCGGUGCAUGACCAAUACACCAGUAGUAGUGAGAGAAGGGGCAACAGUGUAUGCCACAGGGACACAUGCAGAGGUUGAAGAUGGAAAAUUAUUGGAGCAGCUGAUGGCAAGUGUUGGCUUUUGCACUGAGGUUGAGGAGGACCUAAUUGAUGCUGUGACUGGUCUAAGUGGAAGUGGACCUGCUUAUGCCUUUACAGCAUUGGAUGCUUUAGCUGAUGGAGGAGUAAAAAUGGGUCUGCCCAGGAGAUUGGCUGUCCGGUUAGGAGCACAGGCCUUACUGGGGGCAGCCAAGAUGCUGCUAGACUCUGAGCAGCAUCCUGGCCAGCUGAAGGACAACGUGUGCUCCCCUGGAGGAGCCACCAUCCACGCUCUGCAUGUCAUGGAGAGCGGCGGCUUCCGUAGCCUCUUGAUUAAUGCAGUGGAAGCUUCAUGCAUCAGAACACGAGAACUGCAGUAUCUUGCAGACCAGGAACGCAUAUCUCCAGCAGCGAUAAAGAAGACCACGCUGGACAAGGUGCUCCAACAGCCUGGAGUCAACGUUAGUGGAGUGGCCAAUAGUAAUGGAAAGUCUGGGCUCAACUUGUUCAACAACCGAAGCUCAGGCGUCAAGAAGAAGAACUGA